AUGCAGCCGGGCCGCCCCGGGGACCUACCCCCCGGUGACCCUGACCCAGGGGGCUUCGACCCCGGGGUCUCCACAGACUCCCGCCCCGGGGACCCCGGCCUCGCCGGCCCGACCGAAUCCCGGGACUUCAACCCCGCAGACCCCGAUCCUGGGGACCCCACAGACUCCCGCCCCGGAGGCCUCAGCCCUGGCAACCCUCAUCCCGGAGACCUCGGACCCGGUGCCUCCGUGAGCCCCGACCCUGCAGAUCUGCUCCCCGGGGACUCCAGCCCGGAUCCUGGGGGCGUCAGGGACCCCGACUCUGCCCACGUGAGCACGGAGCCCGCGGGCAGGGGAGGCCCGGAGCCCGGGCCCGAGCGGCUGCCGCCGGACACAAGCGGCGACGAGCGCGACGCCGGCGGCCCUGCACCCGACCCCCGGCCCGGGGCGUCCCCGCUCCUGCGUGGCCGCGGCCUGGACUCGGACCUGGACGGCGACCUCCUCCCGCACUUCGGCGCUGACCCCGCCGCUGGCCUCGGCCCCCACCCAGACCCCUACCGGGACCUGGACGCCCAUAUCGGCGGCUUCCAUCUCCACCCCAGACUGGACCCAAAUCGCAGUCCCGACCCCGACCCCCAUCUGGACCUGGACCCAGAUCUCGGUCUCGACUCGGACCUGGACCUCGGCCUCGACGCGGACCUGGGCCCCGAGCCGGACCUGGACCCUGACAGGCCGCUGCCGGAGCUGGGCCCGCUGCUGUCCUGGACUAGAGACCCCGAGGACUGUGUGCCCGAGGGCCGGUGUCCCCGCCGGCUGCGCCUGGGCUUCCCUGCCUACCACCCGUCCUGCUCCGAGGGCCAGCCGGCUCCGGAGGGGGCUCCCGAGGCCCCGAGCCAGCUCUACCCGCUUCCGAGCGAGCCUUCUGGGUAUGCGGAGGACGGCCCCCGCCUCCGGGCCGUGUUUGAUGCCCUGGACGCGGACGGGGACGGCCUGGUGCGCACCGAGGACUUCGUCCAGUUCGCCACUGUGUAUGGCGCGGAGCAGGUGAAGGACUUAACCCGAUACCUGGACCCUCGUGGGCUCGGUGUCAUCAGUUUCAAAGACUUCUACCAUGGGAUCACAGCGAUUCGGAAUGGAGACUCCCACCAGCUGUGCGGCAUCUCGCCUGCCCCAGAGGAGGAGCCCCCUGCCUGCCCUGAUGAGUUUGAAGACUUUGUUACCUAUGAGGCCACCGAGGUGACAGACAGUGCAUACAUGGGCUCCGAGAGCACCUACAGCGAAUGCGAGACCUUCACCGAUGAGGACACCAGCACCCUGGUGCACCCCGAGGGUGACGCCGACAGUGCGGGCGGCUCUGCCCUGCCCUCCGAGUGCCUGGACCCCAUGGAGGAACUGGGCCACGGUGCGCUGCUGCUGCUCCCGGGCAGGUCCCACCUGCACAGCCAGGCUGUGGUCACAGUGAUCGGUGGCGAGGAGCAUUUUGAGGACUAUGGUGAGGCCGGUGACGCAGAGCUCUCCCCAGACACCCUCUGCAUUGGGGAGCAGGGCUGUGGAGACCCCGCCUUCCUCACCCCCAGCGCCGACCCGCUUGCCGCCAAGCUACACAGCAUUCUCACUGACGAGGCCUUUGAGUUUUACUGUAGCCAGUGCCACAAGCAGAUCAACCGCCUCGAGGAUCUUUCUGCUCGCCUGAAUGAUCUUGAGAUGAAUAGUCCCACCAAACGGCUCUCCAGCAAGAAGGUGGCGAGGCACCUGCUCCAGUCCGGGGCUCUAACUAUGGAGGCCCUGCAGGACCCGCCAGAGGACGUUGUGGAGGGCCUGGAAGAGGACAUCUCGGACAAGGUCGUCUUCCUGGAGAAGCGGGUGUCAGAGCUAGAGAAGGACACAGCAGCCACCGGGGAGCAGCACAGCCGGCUACGGCAGGAGAACCUCCAGCUGGUGCACAGAGCCAACGCCCUGGAAGAGCAGCUGAAAGAGCAGGAACUGCGGGCCUGUGACAUGCUCCUGGAGGAGACGCGGAGGCAGAAGGAGGUCCUGUGCAGGAUGGAGAGAGAGAAGAGCAUCGAGAUCGAGACCCUGCAGGCCAGGCUGCAGCAGCUGGAUGAGGAGAACAGUGAGCUGAGGUCCUGCACACCCUGCCUAAAGGCCAGCAUCCAGCGACUAGAGGAGGAGAAGCAGAAGCUGCUGGAUGAGAUCGAGGAGCUGUCCCUGCGGCUCGGCGAGGAGCAGGAGAAUAAGCGGAGGCUGGGGGACAGGCUCAGUCAGGAGAGGCACCAGUUCCAGAGGGACAAGGAGGCCACUCAGGAGCUCAUUGAGGACCUGCGGCGGCAGCUGGAGCACCUGCAGCUAUUCAAGCUGGAGGCGGAGCAGCGACGCGGCCGCAGCAGCAGUGCGGGGCUGCAGGAGUACCACAGCCGCACACGGGAGAGCGAGCUGGAGCAGGAGGUCCGCAGGCUCAAGCAGGACAACCGUAGUCUGAAGGAGCAGAACGAUGAGCUCAAUGGGCAGAUCAUCAACCUGAGCAUCCAGGGCGCCAAGAACCUCUUCAGCACGGCCUUCUCAGAGUCACUUGCCGCAGAGAUCAGCUCCGUGUCCCGGGACGAGCUUAUGGAGGCCAUCCAGAAGCAAGAGGAGAUCAACUUCCGCCUGCAGGACUACAUUGACAGAAUCAUUGUGGCCAUCAUGGAGACCAACCCGUCCAUCCUGGAGGUGAAGUAGAGGCCACAGUGGAGCCACUUCUGCCAGCCCAGCAGGUCCCAGCAGACCGGAGAGCCUGAGUGUGGGGCUGUCCCCAGGGGCCAUCACCAGCCGGGCUUGCGACUGCUCCUGCUCCUGCUCUGCGGAGUGAGGGCGCUUUCUCAGGCUGGCGUGGGCCCCUUGCACUGUCUGCCAGGGGGAAGGACAGGAGGACUGGUGCCUGCCCCGUCACCCCAACCUCAGCUAUCCCAUCUGCAUAUAGCCCUGGACUGGGGCAGGGUGUGGGUGGCCGUGCUCAGAGGCCCUGCCCUGCAGCGCGGGGCUGCACGUCACACAGCCACCAACUGCUAGAAGGGCAUCCCCAUGCAGCCUUGCUGUGGAACCCUCCAGCAGAGCUGGGCGUGGUGUACACCACACGCACAGUGGGCAUCAUGACCUGCUACCAGCCGGGGGUCAGCGUCCUCCGGGAGCAGGUCACAGGCAAGAGCCCUGACCAGGAGGCCCUGGGAUCCCCACGAGGGUGAGACCCUAGAUGGGUCCUGGUGCAGAGCCCUUGAGCCCCCGGGGCCCUGCCCUUAUAGCCCCACUGCACUAAGAUGAGAUUCGCCUCAUAACUAACUGUAGGUUGUGGGAGGCUGGGGUGUAAAUCAGUGUACACUUGGAGAAGAGAGUUUUCUAUCAUGUAGAGUAGGUAUUUUUUAUAGAUUGAAGGUUGAUCAAUUUUUUAAUACUUCAAGAGAGCACUAUCUGUGUACACACGUGAAAUAUAUAUGUACCUGCA